GUGUACGGUUGGUCAAGCAAGGGAGAGUUUUUGAGGGAGAAGUGGCAGUCGAUGGCUGAGUCGUUGACCCCCGAUGGUCCUCCGCCAGAAUUGGAGGAGGUUACUUUCACUACGGAAGCGUUGGUUGGGACAGGUCUAAUGUGCGAGUGGAGAAAGGAGCAACGCCCU